AUAUUCAAACAUCUUUACUAGUAUUUUAUAGGCAUUUGUUUUCAUCACAUUGCAAUCACGCAUCCAUUCCAACUUCCAUCAAAAGAACUCGCCCCUUAACCCCACACGCAAUUUAGCUUAUACCUCAAGAAAUCAGCCCUUUCUGAACUGGUCAAGUUUUCAGGAAAUAAAUUUCAUGAAUGCUUAGAUAUACAAGUACUUGUAGAAACACACACAUGGAUCGUCUUUGCAUAUACAAUCCUCUAUAACAUUGAUUGGUUUCUUUUAGAGUACCCAGAUCAAGAAAUUGUUGAUACAGUAAUAUAAUGGCACUGCCAAUAUUUAAGCUUGGGACACUUGCAUUGAAAACAUUGAGCAAACCCAUUGCCAGUAGGCUUAAGCAACAAGCUGGGUUGCAUCCCAAGUUCCGUAAUUUCAUUGUCAGCAUUGCCCAGGCAAACCAUCGGGUGACAACAACAAUGCAAAGAAAGUUAUAUGGUCAUGCAACCAAUGUAGAAAUACGGCCUUUGGAUGAGGAGAAAGCUGUUCAAGCUGCUGUUGACCUUCUGGGAGAGGCUUUUGUCUUCUCGGUUGCAGUUGCUGCACUUUUCUUUGAAUACCAAAGAAGUUCUCGAUCAGAAGCUAAAAAGGAGGAACUUCGCAAGCAAGAGUUGGAGCAAAUGAGGGAACGAGAUGAAGCAUUGUCAAGAGAGAUGGAGAGCAUGAAAAGCAAAAUUCAAGAGCUUGAACAGUUGGCGAAGGGACGAGGACUUGCUGGAGUGUUCAAUUUCAGACCUCCUCACGUUGAAGGAGCCAAGUCCCCGACACCAGCAUGAUCUAUUGUCUGAAGUUUUGACAGCGAAAUGAUCAGUUGUUUUUCUCAUUCUUUGGAGCCAAGAAUCGUAUGCCUUCUGUAAACCAGAAGCCUAGGCUCCUUACUGAAAAUGACGUUGAAUCUUGAAAAUUUCCAUUGAUGUGAUCAAUAUUGUGAGGUUAUGAAGCAAGAGUUUCAUAGUCUGAGGUUUUGCUACGUCCUCCUCCUAAUUGUGGCACUAUACUACUCAUUUUACAUAUGCCUAACAGCACAUGCUUAAGAGACUUGUAUACUUAGCAUCAUAGGGUGCAAAAUUGUGAAAUGUUGGAUUUGGAGAUUUCUGUUCAGCCAUGUUCUAAUGUUCAAUAUGGUGACAUUAUGACCAGAUGCUCCUUAUCUGCAAAAGUUAUGUAAUACAUAUUACAUAUAAAGCACCAAUAUUUAUCCUU